CUCUCUUUCAUCAAUCCCUCUGAUUUCUCCCAAUUUAUCGUCGUUAAAACCAUCCAAUUCUUCAACGAUGAUGAUGCUGGUGAGCUGCUCGAAUUGCCACACGCAGUUGCAGCUUCCGCCGGGAGCCAAAGCGAUAAGGUGUGCAAUUUGUCAAGCCAUCACCCACCUCGCCGACCCCCGUGCAGCCCCUCCUCCGCCGCCUCAUACCGGUGGUCAUCCUCCACCCUCUGCAAUUUCUUAUGUUCCUCCUCAACCAUCGCCUUACAACCACGCCCCGCAGGGGCCUCCGCCUUCUGCACAUGGCAGGAAGAAGGCGGUGAUCGUAGGCAUAUCGUACAAAUUCUCGAGGCAUGAACUUAAAGGAUGCAUCAAUGAUGCUAAGUGCAUGAAAUAUCUUCUGAUCAAUAAGUUUCACUUCCCUGAAUCUUCUAUUAUCAUGCUCACGGAGGAAGAAACAGACCCUUAUAAAAUUCCAACAAAACAGAACAUGAGGAUGGCACUUUUUUGGCUGGUCCAAGGAUGCCAACCAGGAGACUCGCUUGUUUUUCACUAUUCUGGUCAUGGUUCACGACAAAGGAAUUAUAAUGGCGACGAGGUUGAUGGGUAUGAUGAAACCUUAUGCCCGCUGGACUUCGAGACCCAGGGUAUGAUUGUUGAUGAUGAAAUUAAUGCAACUAUUGUCAAACCUCUUCCUCUUGGGGUUAAACUUCAUGCAAUUAUUGAUGCUUGCCACAGUGGCACUGUACUGGACCUUCCUUUCCUUUGCAGAAUGAGCAGGAGUGGGCAGUAUGUAUGGGAGGAUCAUCGUCCUCGAUCGGGUAUAUGGAAAGGUAGCAACGGUGGUGAAGUCAUUUCCAUAAGUGGUUGUGAUGAUGAUCAAACAUCUGCUGAUACAUCUGCUCUAUCAAAAAUCACAUCAACAGGGGCCAUGACUUUCUGCUUUAUUCAAGCUAUAGAACAUGGAAAUGCGUCUACCUAUGGGAGCUUAUUAGGUUCUAUGCGUAAUGCCAUCCGUAGUGCAAAAAGUGACAUGGGUGGUGGUGGUGGUGGUGCGGUGACUUCUCUUCUCACUAUGUUAUUGACAGGGGGAAGUCUCGCUGGUGGACUAGGUGGAGGUGGACUAAGCCAGGAGCCGCAAUUGACUGCCUGCCAGCCUUUCGAUGUGUAUGCAAAACCAUUUUCCUUGUGAUAAUACAUGUUCAAGUAUUGUACAGUGGGUUGACCCAUUUAUGAGUAAUCUUCAAUCAUCUCUCUCAGGUAAUAUGUUUAAAAUUAUGACUAUAAAGAAGCUGCCAAUUAACAUCCUCUUAUUUGUUGUUUUCAAGACCUAAGUUUAGUUUAUGCAUGUUGUAUUUGUGUUUUGGUUUCUAUCCAUCCCAUUUGUGUUGAUGUAAACACCAAAUCUGGUUAGGUUUGGAUCGUUUUGUGUGGUUCUCUCUCGUGAAACCGAAAUUUUCUGGCUUUCCUGUAUAAUGUAUUAUUUUCGAC